AUGACGCCACUGAAAGACGCGACAAGACCGAAACGUUACAUCUUCAUUUUUGAUGCUUUCGAAACGCAGCAAUGCGAGACGGUAGACGGUGACGCGACGACAAACAUACAUGUGCCGAACUUGUGCGUAGCGCAACAAGUGUGUACGCAAUGUAUCCACGAUCCCGAUAUAUCGAACGGCUGUUUCGCUUGCGGGCUCGUACGUGAGUUCGUUUUCAGGAGGGAACCGGUGAAGGAGUUAGUAGACUUUGCUACUCGGUCCGUUCAGGACUUUGCCCGCAUCGUAUGCAUUGGGCACAAUACAAAAGAUUUUGACGCACAAUUCAUACUGCGACAUAUGGUUGAGCGGAUUGGAAAUCCGCCGCAGGUCAUCCUAAGCGGUAGUAAGAUCAUUAUGCUCGAAACGGGUCACACCCGAUUUCUGGAUUCCUUAGCAUAUAUGCCUAUGGCAUUAUCGGCGCUACCGAAGGCUUUUGGACUACCGACUACUUCCGUGAAAGGUGUAUUCCCCGACCUUUUCAAUACCCGUGAAAACGUGGGUUACGUGGGACCGCUCACCACAGCGAAAUUUUACUCACCGGAUACCGUGAGUAGCGAUGCGCGACCAGAGUUUUACUCAUUUUACAACGAGGCUGUAGCGAACGACCAUCUGUUCGACUUUGACGCGGAAUUGUUGUCGUACUAUCGGUCGGACGUGGAUAUUCUGCGACGUGGGUGCGUAGCAUUCAGGGACAUAUUUCUGGAGUGCGGCAGAGUGUGUCCUUUUACCGAUAGCACGACAAUUGCCUCGGCUUGUUCGGUGCUGUUCCGUAAAAAUUUUUUACAACCGGAGCGAAUAGGUAUCCUGCCACUGGGCGGCUGUCGUCUUGCCGAUGCCCAGUCUCGUAAGGCUCCGGAGUGGUUGGUCGUGAAAGAGCGCGAGUUGGGUAUUGACAUCAGGCAUGCCGGAAAUGGACGUGAGUUUCGGAUUCCGGAGACGGGUCGCAAGGUGGACGGAUACCAUGUCGCGGGCGACGGUACGCGAUACGUCUACGAGUUUUACGGUUGUUUCUGGCACGGCUGUCGUAAAUGUUUACUAAUCAACAGCGAUAGAUGUAGCGUCAACGGCGAGACGUUGGAUAGGCGUUACGAGGAAACUCGUGCAAAGAUCAGCCGUAUGCGCGAAUUGGGUUACCACGUGACGGAACAGUGGGAAUGCGUGUUUGAUCGGAGCUUGAGGGAGAACAAGGAGAUGAGGGAGUACGUGGCAACACACCCGCUGACCGCUGGCACUGCCACGAGCGAAGCUCUCCAUCCGCGUAAUGCGUUCCUCAGUAGUCGAACGGGGAACGCUUCCCGAUACUACGAGGUGAAAACAGAUGCAACGGGCGACGCGUACGAGGAAAUACGAUACGUCGAUGUUUGCUUGUUGUAUCCGUUUAUCUGUGAGAAUGGAAGGUUCCCUGUUGGAGACCCGACGGUCUACGUUGAAGAGGAGUGUGAGCUCUUGGCAGGGUCAAGCGGUUGCGACAUCACGCGAGUUGAGGGGCUCAUCAAAUGCCAAGUUUUACCGCUUCGCAAUCUUUAUCACCCUGUUUUGCCGGUGCGCAUGCAUGACAAUCUCAUGUCCUUGUGCCGCCCAUGUUGUGAGAGUUUGAACCAGGACUAG